CCCACCCAAUUUCUCCCACUCCUUACCUCUCACUAACAUUUUAACAUUUUCUGAAAAAAAAAAGUUUAGCAAAAGGGUCUCUAGAGAACAGGAGAAGUAUGAAACUCCUCCUUGUGAUAUGUAUCGUCCAUGCCAUCUUUAUUCCCUGCUUCUCUUUUGAUGUAUCAGGAAUGGAUCUUCCUUUAACCCUAGAUUAUUACAAGUCUACUUGCCCGACGGUAUUUGAUGUCAUCAGAAAAGAAAUGGAAUGCAUAGUGAAGGAAGAUCCAAGAAAUGCAGCCAUAAUUAUUCGUUUACACUUCCACGACUGCUUUGUCCAAGGAUGCGAUGGAUCUGUGUUACUAGACGAAACAGAGUCAUUGAAGGGAGAGAAGAAAGCUUCUCCCAACAUAAACUCACUGAAAGGAUACAAAAUCAUAGACAGGAUCAAGAACAUAAUCGAAUCCGAAUGUCCUGGAGUUGUUUCGUGCGCCGAUCUUCUCACAAUUUCUGCUAGAGAUGCUACAAUCCUGGUUGGUGGGCCUUACUGGGACGUUCCUGUGGGGAGAAAAGAUUCAAAGACAGCAAGCUACGCGCUUGCCACAACGAAUCUUCCAACUCCUGACGAGGGUUUAAUCAGCAUCAUCGCUAAAUUCUACUAUCAGGGUCUCUCUGUUGAAGACAUGGUCGCUCUUAUCGGAGCUCACACGAUAGGGAUGGCACAAUGUCGGAACUUCCGGUCGCGGAUCUAUGGAGAUUUUAGGGUAACGACAGCACUAAACCCCGUAUCAGCGACGUAUCUGGCGAGACUCCAAGAGAUUUGUCCCGAGAGCAGCGGAGAAGGUGAUAGAAACGUGACGGCCAUGGACAAUGUGACGCCGAAUCUCUUUGACAACUCCAUCUACCACACGCUCUUGAGAGGAGAAGGGUUGCUGAGUUCUGACCAGGCGAUGUACACGAGCAUGUUCGGUAUACAGACACGGCGGAUAGUGAGCAAGUACGCGGAAAAUCCGGUGGCUUUCUUCGAGCAAUUCUCCAAGUCGAUGGUAAAGAUGGGGAACAUUUUGAACUCCAAGAGCUUGGUCGAUGGAGAAGUUCGAAGAAACUGCAGAUUCGUUAAUACAUGAAAACAUCCAUUUAACAAAACUAUUUUCUCUGUGUUAAAAAACCGCAAGGCCGUGUUAAACAGUAAUUGGUACGGUUUGAACAAGAAUACGGUUUGAACAAGAAAA